AUGCUUUCCAGAUUUAUUCAUUCAUCAACCAACGCACAAAUAAGUGCAAACCUCAUAACACAGUCGCAGACAGUGGCUGUUUCUAUUUGGAGGAACCAAUCUAUUUGGAGCACAAAAUUAUACCGUAUUGCCAAAGAGACAAAUUCUCAUUUGGACAUUCUUAGCACACUAUUUGCCAAACAAUGUCAUGCCAUUGCAGCACAGCGGAUAUGCCGUAUUUUACAAAUUACAAAUCUUUACAGCAGACUUUAUGAUCGUAAAUCUCUGGUGCAUAUGCUUGCCAGGCUUGGAAAUUCAAUUUUGAAAUGCACCAGGAAUAGACAAAUGGGUUUGCUCUUUGGAGCCUCCAUUUUCUCAUGGGAUACAUGCCGCAUUACAGAUGAAGAAAUGCAACGGGUUGCAGAUGACAUUUCAUCAGCAAGUCUCAAAAAUCUGUCAAAACAAAAUGUGCAAGUGAAUGAUUGGCAAAAAGUAAUUGAUCGGCCGCAGCUACAAGUGUGGCGCAAACCAAUUGAAGACUCUCAUCUUUACCAAUACAAAGUUCAUGGCUCAUUCUAUGAUAUUCCUGCAUGUGCAUUUUUUCUUACACAAGUGGAUUUAUCAUAUCGAAAAACAUGGGACAAAUUUGUUAUAAAAUUGGAUGUUGUUGAUCAAGAUGAAAAAUCAGGCACAGAAGUUGUUCACUGGAUUACUCAUUUCCCUGUGAGUAUUUAA